ACAAUCAAGAACAUUUCAUAACACAAAUAGUUUAUCAUGGAAUUUGCAUCCUUAAAAGCACUUGGUUUUUGCCUCCUUAUGGCAUGCAUUGUAGUAUCUAUUCUUCAAUUGGGACUUGCCCAAGAAACGAGAAAGACUUCACCUGAGAUGAAUGAUGACAUCAUUUUUAAAUGUCUAAAGUUUGCAAUGUCAACCCCAUUUUACCUAAAAGAUAUAAAGGACAUAAUGAAUAACAGUAAGAACGUAGCAGAUUUGGAAACAGAUUAUUGUGUUGCUUUAAAUGGCCUUGCUGACAAUUGUUGGGCUUUCAUUUUGAAGUGCCCGAAAUCCUGAUUGUAAUAAAGGUGGCAUGUUCUAUAAGUGAAAAAUGGAAACUAAACAUUUUCUUCUAUUGUUGUAAUUUCAUGUUUUCCUGUUGUAAUUUCACAUCAAUAAAAUGCCUUUCCAACCAAAAACUAAUUAAUAAAUGCCCUUCUUCUAAAUUAAUAGCAAAUGUGUUUUUUUUAAAAUAAAUUUUAGUAUUAUACGUAAUGAUCUGGGGGAUAACUCCAUUUCCAUAAUAGCUUCAUAUUCAAAAGUUAGAGAAACUAGAGUUAUCUUGAUAAAAUCCCUUACUAAAGUUCUGUAAGCCCAAAGUGUGCCAGACAAUAGCCAUGCCAACACCUUGGAUUAUCGUCAACAAUUUUUCAAAGCAAAUUAAUCAAAUUUUAUUGAAAGCUUUAGCUUGACCCCUGGUUUUAGCAUCAUGAGGGGUUAAAUAAGCAAAGACUCCAUCUUCUUUAUGAAUGCCUUCACUUAUGUUUUGAUGAAAAAUCCCCUGAUCUAUUGUCAUUGUUUUUUCCAAACCAAAUCUAUGGAUGAAAUCCUCUUUGAAGAAUGCGAUAAUAUCUAUUUGUUCUACUUUCUUGAGAGUUUUGUAAAAACAACAUAAACUUCAUCAGUAAGAUGUAUGGCCCAUCCUCAAUGUAAUCUCCCAAAAUUUUUUAAAAUCUUAAAAUUUAAGAUAGGGAUUUGUACAGGAAAAAUUAUUAUUGUGGGGCCAAAUAACUGAAAUUUUCAAAC